ACAACUCAUAUCCCACAAUGCACAGUUUUGAAAUAUACUUUUAGCUAUGGCGGUGUCCACUGUCAAUGUGGAAAACGUAACAAAACUUCUUCAAGAGUCUCUCUGUAAACUGGGGUUUGAAAUAAAACCUUUAAAGGUUGGUUGGUAUAAUCGUGUGCUGCCUGCCUCUCUACACCUGCCUUAUCCAGAGGACACGCUUGCGGUUGUGGUACUCAGUACUCCUUCCAUGUUUGAACUUGCUUUCUUGCCAUUUCUGGAAAAGCAGUCCUGCCAGGGCCUGUCUGACCCCAUAGACCAGUGUGUGAAAUACUAUGUGUCCUCUGCUGUCUCACAGAAUCUUUCAGACCAUACAGUCACUGUAAGAUAUGACUAUGAGCUGUUCCCAAGUCGCAAACCAAAGUUCUUAGCACAGACCGCAGCCCAUGUCUCAGGAGCAGCUUUCUACUACCAACAGCCCGAUGUCCCACAGCAGCCCUGGGGGGAGAAGAAGAUGUAUGGAGUGUGUGUGCAUCCACAGUUUGGGGGCUGGUUUGCUAUCAGAGCUUUGCUGGUGUUUGAAGAUGUGACACUGGGUCCUGAACUGCAGCAGCCUCUUCCUCCCGACUGUGUGCCCUCCAGAGAGGACAGAAUACGUUUACUGGAAGCUUUCAACUUUAAUUGGCAGGACUGGACUUACAGAGACAUCAUCAGGCCAGUCCAGACCUACUCAGAGAAACAGAAGGAUUAUUUCAGCACUCCACCUGCACAGCGUAUUGAUCUGUUAAAGACCUGGGGACUUAUACAGAAAGACAGCUCUUCAGACAUACAGAGACUGGCAAACGGACAUGGAUGACCUGUGGGAACUACUACACUGACUACUGCACUAUGCGGUAUAAACCCAAAGGGGGGUAUAGAACAGGUUUGAGGUGAUGGUACACUGGAUUUUUGACACACUAUUAUUUUUAACAGUAUACUACAAUUAUGUUCUAUUCUUUUAAAAUGAGGCAUCUAUGCUUCUUCUAAAUAAUAUGUUGCCUUGUGGAAGUGAUAUUGCAGCUAGACUGUAUCAGUACUUUCUUUUUAGCUUUGCUUGAUUGUCCGUUGUCAUUGUAGAUUGUAUUGACCCAAUUGCAGGGGGCCAGUUUUUCACACUUGUAGCUUGCAUCACUUCUAAACUUGCUUAUGGUUCUAAACUGUUUCUGAUCUGUUUCUUACAUAAUAAAUUAUCAAUAGUGCACAAAUCCCAAAUUACAGUUUUUUGGGAUUGACGGGUUUUAAUCUUUUGUCCAAGUGUCAUUUUUACACUUGACAUGCAUGUGUAAGGAUUAGCCAGUAGAUGUCACUGUUGCCCUCAUUAUCGAACAGGAUACUAUGCAACUAAAUCUUCAUCAUCAAGUAUAAAAUGGUAUAAAAAGUAUUAAAAGUUCUCACUCUGCCAAUAAAAUAAUUACCAAA